AUGCCCAACAGCAAUUCGCCAAAGAAGGUGAGCAAGUCCAAGUUUGUCGUAACGAAGCAUGGCUCAACUUCAAGGAACCGAGACAAUGCUGCUAGUGGCAGUGGCACUGCUCUCACUCAACGACGCAGCAGACAGAGCAUCGACACUGUCGGCUCAAAAAUAAGCAUGAUGACCACCAAAGAUUUGCCAGCACUCUCUACCGUCUCGACAAGAGGCAUUCAGGAUCCAAAAAGUUUUUUGGAGAAUCGUGGUUACCACGUCAUCAAAGAACUGGGUCAGGGUGGUUUUGCAAUUGUCUACAAAGGGCGUGCAAAAAAGUGCACUCGCUCUAUGGAGUUAGGGGAACUGGUAGCGAUCAAGGUUUUUGACCUUACUGAUGAAAGUCAUCAAAGCUGGAUCAUCAACUGUCUCAAGCGAGAAAUGCUCAUAGCAAAGAACCUCCAACACAAGAACAUCAUCACAACUUAUGAGGUGUUCAAAACCCAGCGUAAUGGAUAUAUCGUAAUGAAACUGGCUGAUGGUGGCGACCUGGGCGCAAAAAUGACUAGACAGAAGGAGGCGUACAGUGAAGAAGAAACUCGCAAGUAUUUCCGCCCGUUAAUGGACGGCCUAGCUUACAUGCACUCACAAAAUAUUGCUCAUCGCGACUUGAAGUUAGAAAACUUUCUCCUCUUCCUCGAAGAUGACCGACCGGUGAUCAGCGACUUUGGCUUUGCCGUUUCUGCCACUCAAACGCACACUGUGCUCACUGAGAUGAUGCGCAACUCAAUUUGCGGCACUUCUGGGUACAUGGCGCCCGAGCUGACCGCCGGUCGUCCAUACGACUCAAAGGCUGUGGACGUUUACGCAAUGGGGGUCAGUCUCUAUGAAAUGCUGAAUGGCGUCAGGCCGGUGAUGCCUGACAUUCACUAUAGAGUGCAGCUGCCAGGCGAGUGCCGUGGAUUGAUUGAGGCGAUGCUGCAGUCGCGUGCCUCCCACCGCCCCAAAGCCGCACAAGUGCUCGAAAACAAAUGGCUGACUCCUGGAAUAGCCAGCACAGUGGCCAAUUUUCUUGGAUUCACCUAA